GGCGGCUGUGCCCAGGCCACUUGUCAUUCGCAUCCGAGUGUGUCGCGCCUUCACAUACUUCGCACAAAGUAUAGAGCAACAUGUUUUGGAAGUUGGUGUUCGUGCUACUAGCAGUGAUCGAGGUUAUCCUGGGUCACCCUGAUGUCUACGAACCCGUUUAUAAACCGGAACCCCUCCCGUACUACUUCAACUACGACGUGCACGACGACUACAAGGGCGCCCAUUUCGGCCAGAGCGAGAAGUCGGACGGAAAAGCUGUCUACGGUUCCUACACCGUCGCGCUCCCCGACGGCCGCAAGCAACUUGUUGAGUACACGGCCGACCACUACAAGGGCUAUGUGGCCAAGGUUAGCUACUACGGCAAGGCCAAACACCCUAAGUACUACGGCCCUCCUAUUACCUUCAAACCUUCCUACGGGUACCAUUAAAUUACUAUAAAUAUAUAUAUACAUACUUUCAUAAAUACUGAUAUAAAUAUAACUACAUAUAACAA